GGCGCGCCUGCGCAGUCCGUAGGGAGCAGUGCGGAAGGGCGAGGAUGGCGGCGGCGGAGCCUCGUCGCGGCUGGGGCUCGGGAGACUCUGAAGGACCCGGGCCCCGCGUGCGGGCCGGAGGCGGCGGCGGCCCCGAGAAGGAGGAGGAGGAGAAGCGGGAGCCCCGGUGCCCGCAGCACGAGCUCACCAAGCACUCGUACUGGUUCGACCUGUGGCUCUUCCUGCUCUUCGACCUGGCGCUAUUCGUGUUCGUCUACCUGCUGCCGUGACCGACGAGGGGACUGCGAGAGUCGGGCCGGGAUCGCCCGCGGAGGCCUCCGGGCGCUACAUUGUUGCGGAGCGAUGAUAACUUGUAUCCGCUGGCUGGAAGCGCUUAGUGGAGCCGAGCCAUUCUGUCAUUGGACGCGUCUUUACGGGGAGUGGUGUUUAAGAUAAAAUCUUUGCUAUUGGAAGAAAAAUGCAGAAACGU